AUGGAAACCGACGAGACUGAACAACUGCAUCGCCUGAACGCUACCGGAGAUAAACAGAAAGCCGAACAAGAGAGACAAAAGGCCGACAUAAAGAAAAGAAUCGACCAAGCAACACGACGAUAUGACCAAGUACAAGCAAAACAGUCCCCUACCACAUUAUCAGAAUAUCUCCGCCAUGUCCAAGAGAAACUCGUUCCCCUCCUCUCAGUCAAGUUUGACCUGACCGACUCUGCUUCUGAAUAUGCCAACAUGCAAGGAAAAUACUACCCGCUCAAAAUCCGUCACUUGAAACACUUUCCCAAGACGCAUAAUCGAAUUUUUGGCCAAUUCGUUCAGACUAUUUCAGAUAAGCCACUUUUCCCUUCUCAGCUAGGGGUCCGCGGCAUUGAGCGCGACCUUUUUCCCACCAGGAAGAAUGAACAGGAUUUCUUGCUGUAUGUCCGGAGUGCUAUCGAGAAGUCUGCUCAGCGUGUUGUGAAGGCUUAG